AUGGCCCCUGCCAGAUGUCUCAUCACCUCUUCGUGCCUGCAUAAUUCCCGACCUUGUUUGGUUGGCACUGCCGCUCGCCGAUCGUACUCCAGCACUGCUCCUCCUCCCUCUUCGACGCCGCCACAAGACAACAAACCACAAAAUGACAACAACAGCGAGGCUCCAUCAUCAUCCACCGCCGAGGAAGCAAAAGAUCAAUCCCGCCCUGCUUCCUACACUCCUCCCACAGAGCCAGGCACCCAGCAGCCUCCCCCCGAGCAGCCUUCCCAGCAGCCGGAACCUAUCAAUCUUUUCACGGCUGCUGCGGGUGUGCCCACCGGGGUGCGAGUGGCCGUGCUGCCGCAGCGAAGGUGGCGCUGGCCCUUGUUCACGCCGCUCAAGGUCAACUUCAUGCUGAACUGGCUCGAGAAGAAGGACCCGAGCUUCAACAGGGACGAGUUCCUGGAGGGAGCCAAGGGCGCCUUCGCCGGGAUGAUGGAGAAGUUCCCGCCAGACCGGCCAGAGCGAUUCCGCGAGGUGCUGGAUCCGGCCCUGUACCGAGCCAUGCUGGACAGCAGCGAGGCCUACCAGCAGAGCCCGCUUCGAAUCGCUGCGAGGCUGGAGAAGCUGGAGUCGGCGGAGAUCGUCAAUGUGCACAUCCUCGCUGACGCGGAGCAGGAGGAGCUGCCGGAGGAUGAGGAGGAGCUCAAGCAGCAGCCGGAGACCGUUCACAUCGAGGUCAAGUUUGACUGCGUGGAGCAGCUCACCACGCAAGUCGAAGUCGAAGGCAAGCCGGCCCAGGUCAUCUCCAAGGACGUGUUCCCGCGGUCGCAUGAGUGGGUGUUCGAGGGCACCUUCCGCCCCGGCAGCUCCCCGCUCUGGAAGCUUGCCAUGAUUUGA